ACUACAGGAUGCUGACCUCAAACAUGAGUCACUCAGGAAGAUUCAUUUUGACGGUCAUCUUUCUUCUGAUUUUCAUACAGUCAGCCAGAGGGAAGGACUGUGUGUGUGAGCUAGUAAAUUCAGAUCCUGACUUCCCUGAAUUUAAACUCGACAAUGUUGAGCUCACUGCUUCACAAUGCACUGAAAACAUCACAUCGGAAAAGAUAACAGAGAUCGACAGGCUUGUGUUGGGUCUACAACACCGCAUCUGGCAGCUUGUGGACAUGGUGUCCAUACUGGAAAAAGAAGACAACGGAAAUCUGUACGCAGCUGUAUCUCUGCGCAUUAUUGAAUUAGAGUUAGCAGAGAUUCAAGACCUUCUGGAUGAACUCAACCAAACAACCAGCACUUACCAGCAACUCAGUAUACAGGCUGCCGAAGAGCUUCAAAACAUGCAAGAAACGAUGGAAGAGCUGGAGAUGUCGGACCACACACAGGCGAUGGUGAAACAGCGUCAGAAUGAGUUACUUAAGAAGGAACUGGUGCGGUGCCAAAAUGUGCUUAAUAGUACAUUGCCACCCCCUACACUUUCCCCAGGUCACUGUGGUCUGGGUCAUUUGGUUGGUGUAUCAGGACCUAAAACGUACUCGCUCACAGUACAUGGAACGUCCUACAGUUUUGGUGCUUGGGGUCGAGAUGCAAAUCCUGCUUCGGGGGAUGAGAACAAAUACUGGCUGGUGGUGCUGUCAAGUAGUAAUGCAUAUGGAAAUUUUAUCAGGCAAUACAAUAGUUUGAGUACUAUUAUUUUAGGUAUAGAUCCAACAGAUACAUAUAUAUCAAGCUCAAAUCCUACAACAAAUACUAUUCAGGGUCCAAACAUGAUUAUGUAUGCCAAUGCGCUCUACUAUAACUGCUACAACACAUACUCUGUCUGUCAGUUCAACCUGACUACUCAAUCUGUCAGUACUGUGGCUUUACCCAAUGAUGCAGGUUAUAACAACAAGUUUCCAUUCGCACAUCUCGGCACAACAUACGGCUACACAGACAUGGAUUUUGUCACAGAUGAAUCAGGCGUCUAUGUUAUAUACGCAACCACAAGCAACUUUGGAAAUGUGGUGAUCAGUAAAGUUGAGACUAGUAACCCGCCUGUUUUAGGCCAAACUUGGUCCACUUCUCUUCACAAAAAGACCGUCACAAACACUUUCAUGGUCUGUGGUGUGCUUUAUGCGACUCGAUACCUGGAUCAAGAAACAGAAGAGAUCUUUUAUACUUACGACACCAAAACCAACAAAGAGCGCUACGAUUUGAGAAUUAACAUUAAGAAGAUGCAGACUAAUAUUAAGUCUAUAAAUUAUGACCCCAGAGAUCAUUUGCUGUAUGUUUUCAAUGAUGCCUACAUUGUGACUUAUGAAACCAAGUUUGGGGAGCUUUACUGAACUCGUAUUUAAACAUUGUUAAACAUGAUGAUUAGACAUAUUAGGUGCUAUAAUGUUUGUUGUAUAGUGAAUAUCAU